AUGAGGAGCGCCAGUCACGUCCACCCCUUCUGCAGGGAAGGCAUCCCCAGCCCGCCCCUGAGGCCUCCGCUGGGCCUUUGCUCGGUGAGCCAGCCCGCGCGCGGCGCCGAGGGAGUGCCUCUUCGUGAGGGGCCGGGCCCCGGCGUGGCGCCCGCGCGCCCUCCUGGGGUGUUUGAGCCCGUCCACUUCUGCGGGUGGUGUGGGGCGCGGGUCGCUGCCGAGCUGGCCUUCGCCCGGUGCUGCACCGCCUGCGGCGGCAAGCUCCGCAACGAUGGCCCCCCCGCCGUGCCGCUGCGCCCAGCCUCCGUCCGCGGCGCGCAGCCGCCUCCGGUGGUGGCAGGCUGCGGCCCGCGCCCUCCCUUUCUGGGCACCGUCGACUUCGAGAGCCCUUCCCUGGAGAAGCGGCGGGUCGCUGGGCCCGGACCAGGGGCCAUGCUCAAGCGCGACGAGGAGCAGUCCUUGGCCUCACCUGCGUCGUCGUGCCCGACGCCGUACGCGACUCUGCGCAAGGGGCUGGGUCCAGCAGCUUCUCCUUCGCCGGACUCCCUCGGGGGGCUGUCCUCGGAGCAGCGGAGGGCGCUCAUAGCCAAGACAGAGGCUUGCUUGCAUCGCGACAUGGACAAGUUGCGCGAGAGAGCCAAGCGGCACAUCUCCAUGGUCGAGGAGGCGUCACAGGGUACGGUCCAAGACCAGCCCAAGUGGCUCUGGGCGCCCACAAGCCAGUCCACAAAGAGAGAUCCACAGGGGGAAUCGGGCGCAGCAGUUCCCGUCCCGCUGAAAUUGGUCGCAAGCCUUCCAGCCGAGCAGCGACGGGCAUUGAUGGUCAAGUUGGAGUGUCGCCUGCCCGACGACGUGGAGAAGUUGCUGGCGUGGGCCGCGCAGGACUUCAGCACCGCCGCGAAAACGCCAGAAGGACUCCGCCCACGUUAA